CCGCUCUUCCUUGUUAGUUGGUGUGUUGGUUGCGGAGACAAUGCCGCAUCAUCAGAGCAAGGUCGUGCCCAUGGCUGUUAACGACGAUGGCUCGGUCUGGUUACCGGUGUCGGCGCGGGUUAAUGAGCUCGAGCCCAGCGGGACGGAGUGGACCUCGGUCGGGGCGGCGGCGCUGGCGACACUCGGUGCAUUGAUUGGUGGAAUGGCGGUUCACGAAAUGGCCAGGCUCACGCAUUUGCAUGUGACCUCGGCCGAGUCGGACGCAUUGUAUGUGACCAACAUGGUCGCUGCCGGCCUGGCCAUCAUCGCCUCGAUCUUUACGGCGCUCGCUUCCAACUUUGGAGGAUGGGAGGUGCGGCGGGUCCGGCUGGGCCGGGCCAAGGCCAUGGCGUGGGUUGUUUUUGGCUUUGCUGCCGCCUGUGCGCUCUGGCGGCUCAUCACCAUCCUCAUCGAGUGCCAGCGCGCGGUUGAUGAAAAGCGGGUGGCGCAGAACUCGGCGUGCUGGCGCUCCGAGUCGAGCAUCCGGAUCACCGCCAUCCAGCAGGCCGUGGGUGCGGUGCUGAUGGAGAUCGGCCUUGGACUUUGUCUGCUGGCUGCCAAGAAGCGCCGGCGGGACAUCCGCAUGUAUCUGCGGCAGCUGCUUCCGCCGGCGUACUCGGCUGCGAUCGAGGCCGAGAGAGACUGAUGUUGGCUACGGCCAAGAGACACUAUAUUUGCACGACCCAAUAACAAGUUCCUUUACAACACACAACACAAC